CGCGAAUCUCACUGCGCACGCGCGCCGAGCGCGGCCAGUCUCCGUCCCUAGGGCGGGGCUAAAGCAGCUUCCGCCGGAAGUUCAGGGCUCAGAGGGAAAGCAAGGCGAGAGCUCCUGGCGGCGUCACUUCCGGCCGCGGCUGGCGCCCGUGUGUCUGUCACCGGCGACCGAGUCUAGAGUUUCACGUCCGAAGACCCCCCUCCACGCACACACAUCCCCCCACUCCCCAGUUGUACUGCAGAUCACCCAGGGAAGGAGCCUGUCUCCCGGAGCCGGCCCGCCCCUGUGGAGGGUCCCGGGAGGAGGCUGUCGCCGGCUCCGCGGCCGCCCGCCCGGUCCCCCGAGGGCCCGUCAUGGCCCAGAAGCUGAAGGCAGACCCCCACGUGGGGCGGCUGGGGUACCUGCAGGCGCUCGUAACGGAAUUCCAGGCGACCGAGAGCCAAGACGCCAAGGAGCAAGUGCUGGCCAACCUCGCCAACUUCGCCUACGACCCCGGCAACUACCAGCACCUCAGGCAGCUGCAGGUCCUCGACUUGUUCCUGGACUCCCUGUCGGAGGAGAACGAGACGCUGGUGGAGUUUGCUAUGGGACCUCCGCCGCCGUCAUGUUCCAGGACCCGCCCCAGAGUCCUUUACCUUGGUGCAGUCCACCAACUCCAGUCCAAGUUCAGCUUUGUGUUGGAGUAGAAUGUUGGAUGGAGGAGGGAAAAUUACCCCCAUGGGGUCGAGAGACAGCUCAUCACCCAGCAGGGCGCACGCGCUGCGCUGCAGGGACCCGGCUUCCAGCCCGCCGCCGCCCAUGUGCCCUUUGUGCACACCUGCACCACCCUGGAUGCUGUGUGGCGGCCAGACCAAGGAACAGAGGAGAGGAGAAUCGCCUCUUGCAAAAUGGUUGUCUCCUAGGCGGUCACAAAACAUUUGGUGGGUUUAUUACUGAACCAGUAGUGCAGCCCCACGCUCAGUUAAGCUUUCCCGAUACGUCUACUGUCUGCAAUACUUGUGGCUGCCGCACGAUGGUGGUGGUGCUCAGGAAACGACUGGCUGACAAGCCUCCAGUUGCCUCUUGGCGGGGGAGGGGGCAGUGUUUGGAUAGUACACCUGGUCGACCCCGGUCACAUUCAUGCAGUUAGGGCACAGGCACACCCAAACAAGUGGCAGUCACCACCAGCACCUUUCCAGUCCCAAACUGGAAGCAGAGUCGAUAGUAGAAAAGAUAACAAUAUUGUGAGAUAUCUGUACUGCUUAGCGAGGUAAAUGAACAAUCGGUAGCUGCCUUGCCAUUAUCUUGCAAACAUGAUGUUAAAUUAAAUGAUGCCGGACACAUGGUAACACCCAUAGAACAAGGCCAUGUCUAUAGGAACUUUAGGGCUAUCUGUGUGUGACAACAUUUUUUUUUCCCUAAUUUUUUAAAAAUCAUUAUUAGGACAGAGAGAAAUUGAGAGAGGUGGGGGAGAUAGAGAAAGGGAGAGAGGGGCCGGGUGAUGGUGCACCUGGUUGAGUGCACAUGUCACAGUGCUCAGGGACCUGGGUCCGAGCCCCCAGUCCCCACCUGCAGGGGGAAAGCUUUGUGAGUGGUGAAGCAGUGUUGCAGGUGUCUGUCUCCCUCUCUGCCAGCCCCUUCCCUCUUGAUUUCUGGCUGUCUCUAUGUAAUAAGGUGAUUUUAAAAAUAAAAUAAUAAGAUCUCUCUUUUCAUUGCGAUCUGAUAUUAAAAAGAGAGGGAGAAAAAGAUAGACACCUGCAGACUUGCUUCACCACUCAUGAAGUGUCCCCCUGCAGAGCCGGGACUCUAGCCCUAGCCCGGGUCCUUGCUCUUAGUGACAUGUGCGCUAAUUGGCUGUGCCACUUCUGGCCCCACUGCCCAGCUCUGGCUUAUGGUGGUGUGGAGGAUUGAACCUGAGGCCUUUUGGGACCUUUCAUUAGUUAAAAUAUAUACUAGGUGUGGAGGGGGUGGAGAUGGAGAAAAAGUUAAGUUACAUUAUUAUGAAUCAAAGCAGGAGAGAUAGCAGAAAGGUUAUGCAAAAAGAUUUUCAUAUACCUGAGGCACCACAGGUCUUAGGUUCAAUCCCCUGCACCACCAUAAGCCAGAGCUGAUAAAAUAGUAAUAUUUUUUUAUUAUUAUGAUGAUGAUGAUUCAGGUUGGGAACACACCAUAAUGAUUAUACGAGUGAUUUUCAUGCCCGAGGCAUGAAAAUCUUCUCUUCCCCCACACCACCAUAAGCCAGAGCUGAGCAAUGCUCUGGGGUGUGUGUCUGUCCCUACUCUCUAUCUUUUCCUCAGUAAAGUAAAUAAAAUAUAUUUAAAAAAUAAAAAGGAAGUUAUUAUGAAUCAUGAAAGUGUUCGCCUCUGAGGGAGCCAAAGCUUUGUAUCAGGAAAGAAACAUGUGGAGGCUUCUGGAUUACUAACAGGGUUUUAGUUCUCAGCUUCUGAACUGGCUAGUGGGCAUUUGCUUUCUCAUUAUGAAACUCUGUCGACCCUUUCCUGUAUGUGUGGGUUGCAGGUGUGGCCUUGUGCUUACCCCCGGGGCUGUACACAGGUGCAUGCUUGGUACAUACCUGUUGUGUGCCAGAGGAAGACCUUAAUCCUUCUAGAAUAUAUCUGAAGGAUAAACUUGGGGGUAUUUUGUUUGUUGGUAGAUAGGUAGAAACAGGUAGAGAUCGAGAGAAAAGACACCACUAAAACAUCUUCACUGGGGGCUGGGCUUUGAACCUGGGUCUUACACAUGGCAAAGCAGCACACUAGUCUAUCAAGCUAUUUUUGCAAUUAUUAUUUAUUUUGUCAGAGCACUGUUCAACUCUGGUUUAUGGUGGUGCUGGGGAUUAAACCUGGAACCUUUGAUGCUUCAACCAGGAAAGUUUUUUUUUUUUUUUUAAGAAUUUGUUUAUUUUUUCAUGAGAAAGAUAGGCAGAGAGAGAAAGAACCAGACACCACUCUGGCACAUGUGCUGCCAGGGAUUGAACUCAGGACCUCAUGGUUGAAAAUCCAGUGCUUUAUCCACCAUGCCACCUCCCAGACCACAGAAAAGUCUUUUCAUAUAAACAUAUGCUAUCUCCCCAGCCCACUGGUCCUACUUUUUUUCCUUUUGUUUUUGUUUACAUUUUAUUUAUUCCCUUUUGUUACCCUUGUUUUAUUGUUGUAGUUAUUAUUGUUGUUAUUGAUGUCGUUGUUGUUGAAUAGGACAGAGAGAAAUGGAGAGGGGGAGAGAAAGAUAGACACCUGCAGACCUGCUCACCACUUGUGAAGCGACUCCCCUGCAGGUGGGGAGCCGGGGGCUCGAACCGGGAUCCUUACGCCAGUCCUUGCACUUUGUACCACCUGCACUUAACCUGCUGCACUACCGCCCGACUCCCAUGGUCCUACAUUUUUCAAGUUAAGGGAAAAGGAGGGGGUGGGGGAAAGAACACUAGUGAAGCAGGUUAGGUGCAUAUGGUGUGAAGCACAAGGACCGGCGCAAGGAGCCCGGUUCACGCCCUCGGCUCCCUGCCUGCAGGGGAGUUGCUUCACAGAUAGUGAAGCAGAGCUGCAGGUGUCUGUCUUUCUCCCUCCUCUCUCGACUUCUCUCUGUCCUAUCCAACAACAAUACAAUAAUGAUAACAACUGAAUGGAAAAAAUAGCCUCUAGGAGCAGUGGAUUCCUAGUGCAGGCACUGAGCCCCAGUGAUAACCCUGGAGGCAAAAAAAAAAAAAGAUGAGGGGCCAGGUGGUGGCUCACCUGUUGAGCGCACCUUACAAUGCACAAGUCCCAGGUUUGAGCCGCUGGUCCCACCUGCAGGAGGAAAACUUGCGAGAGAUGAAGCAGUGCUGCAGGUGUCUCUUUGUCUCUCUUUCUCUCUAUCUUUCCCUCCCUUCUCUAUUUCUGACUGUCUAUCCAACAAAUAAAGAUAAUUUUUUUUAAAAAAAGACGUAUUUAAGGCCCAAUGAAAGGAGACCUCCCAAAGUGUUGCUCAGUCAUCCGUGGAAGCUCACUGUUUUUGUCUUUGGUGCUGUCACGUGAUGCCGCGCAGGGCUUUCUGAAUCCAAGCCACAUGUGGAGUUUCUCUUUUGUCUCUGUUGAGGGUUUCAGUGGCUCCUCCAUCUUGAAGAGCACUGGUUUUGCCUUGUUCUAUUUCUUCCUGUCUUGUGUGACUUUCCAGCAUGUUCAUCAGCCAGUCAGAACUUGUUCUAAUUUUUUGUUUGGUAACCGUUUUUUUUUGUUUUAACUGCAGCAUGACCUCCAUACAGUAAAAAAUGCUUGUAAUCUUAAGAGUGUGUUUGAAGUUUUAAAUUCCUUAAGGUCUAUGUAACCUGCAUUUAAAAUCAAGAUACAGAAUGUUUUCCUAUCUCCCUGAAAAGUCUCUAGUCUCCUCCCAGCUAGAUUAAAUAAAUAAAUAAACAAACCCGCUUGACGUGGGCUAGCCAGAGAGCUUACUCAGGUAGUCUACCUGCUUUGCCACGUAUGCAGCUCAGGUUUUCCCUGACCCCACCGAACUGGAAGCAGCUUUGGUGUUGUGUUUGUGGUAUCUUUCUCUCCCGUCGUGUACUUUUUCUCUCUGUCUCAGGUCUACAUACUGCAGUGCAUGUACCUUUUCUUUUUCUCUGCUCCCUCCUCCCCCUUUAUUUUGGGGAGAGAGAGAGAGAGAGAGAGACCUCAGCAGUACUGCUGCACCUCUUAAGAAGCUCCUGCCUUACAGGUGGGGACUGGAGACUUGAACCCGGGUCCUUGUGUACUGUAUGUGUGUUCAGCCGGGUGUGCCAUCUCUUUUUAGAUGGAUGAACCAUACUUUAACCUGUUUGCUCUUGUUGGACAUUGUUUAGGAAGAAGUCUCCAGACUCUCGCUUUUCCUCCACUUUUCCUUGGUUCUUCAGGGCAAGUUCUCAGAGGUAGAUCCGGGGAAGAGCUCAGAGUAGCUGCAGCUUCAGUGUCUCCUGGGCUCUCUGGCUCCACCUUGGGUGCUCAGCCUUCUAGAUCCCCAAAGCCCCCCUUUUCUUUCUUUUCUUUUCAUCAGAGCACUGCUCAGCUCUGGCUUAUGAUAGUACUGGGGAUUGAACGAUAGUACUGGGGAUUUAAAGUAGCACCUCUUAAGCCUCAGGAAUGAGUCUUUGUGCAUAACCAUUAUGCUUUCUUCCCUGCCCUCUUUUUUUUUUUUUUCUUCUUUACCCUUUUCAUCUCUAAAAGUCACUGCCAGUGAGGGAAAGUAGCCGAGUGCCCAAGCAGCCGGUGCAUUCUGGCAGAUGGCUGACUCAUUUCCUAGGCUUACGCACGGAGAGCAGGUGGGGCUGGCUGUCCUGCAGCUCUUCCUGUCCCUGCCCUCCAGCAGAUUAGCCCCUGCUCUGAGUGCCAGCGCACCACCCUGGCACACUUGGAUGUCAUGGUGGUGACUCACCAGCCAGAGUGACAUAGGCUUCAUCUGAUCUCACUUGGCACCAGAGAUAAGCCCCUUCCCCUGCCAUGGAGUCCACACCAUGGGUAGGAGGCCGACUCAACACUCGGCUCAGGAGAGAUGAUGAAGCUGUGUCUUGAGAAGCGUGGAGCUGCCGGAGCCUUUUCAUUUGCCCAGAUCUCGCUGAGUGUGGCAUCUGCCAAGGCAGGAGUACUUGUCCUUGUGACUUUUAGAGGGAUACCCUUUCCCAGGAGAGUGUCAGAGGGCUCUCACCUUCUGAAACUUAGGUCAAGUUACUCAACAGCCAUUGCUUUUUCCACCAAUGGUGGUGGGAAGGUACUUGGUUUAUUUGGUUCUAUUCGCAGCAUGUGUGCAGUGAGUAUCCACAGUUGUAAGAACCUGGGAUACUGAGCUAGACUACAGAGUAAGGCCCUGCCUGAUGGUGCCCGGUGACGAGGACCUGGAGUAAGCACUGGAGGGCAGGCCUCAUAGUGUGGCAUAAGGCAGCACCUUGUCUCCUUGACUUGGAACUACGGGAAUCCUGUCAGCCCCUGACCAGUCUCAGCCACAGUCCAUGGUCCCAGGGAGCCGUUCCAUCCUGCUUCUCAACCUUCUGCAGUUAUCACAACCCCUUUUCCUUGAUUCCUGCUAUCAAACACUUCCAACAAACCCUGUAUCUGGCACUGAAGAUUUGGCAAGAAUAAGAAAGCAGAGAUCUUGCUUCAGGCUUCAUAUUCUGCAGUGGGCUAAAUCCACAAA